AAAGUGUCAAAAAGGGAAUUUGAAAAACUUCGAGAAGGAGAUACUAGAGAAUUCUAGGAUAACAUAGAUUAUAAACCAAUUUCAUUAUGACUGCCUUAAAAGAAAAAUUACACAUUUCACUUCUGCUGCUAUCUACAGUAUGUACAAUACUACUCAUACAUAACGCAAAUUCGGAAAACGCUGCUUCCUGUGGGCCAAAUUUUCCUAAUGUCUGCAUUUGUGGUCAUCAGUUGUAUGAGAGUGCAGUAAAAUUUGUUGUGAACUGCUCCAAUGCAGGCUUAACAAAUACAAGUGUUUUGGAGUAUAUGCCUGAGGAAGUACAAAUACUUAUUUUCACUGGGAACAAUAUACCAGAGUUACCCUGGAAUGUAUUUGGUUCCAUUAACGAUUAUAAGAAUCUCACUAUAGUCGAUAUGAGUAGUAAUCAUAUUAGAGAAAUCCGCGGAAAAUCCUAUCAUCAUGUACAGAAUGUACAACGCCUGAUAUUAAAUCACAAUAAUUUAAGCAUAUCUCGUAACGACGACGUUGUAAACCACCAUCAUCCUCGAGUCUUUUCGAAUUUUUUAAACUUACAGAGCUUGCAUCUGACUGAUGCAUUUGACGAUAACAGUUCACCGCAACUGAGUGAGGAUCUACAUGACAUCUUUGUGAAUAGUCAGUUGGUAAACUUGCAGAAAUUGCAUUUGGAACAGAAUGAAAUAACUCACUUCAAGGAUCGAAAAGUAUUCUGUGAUCUGCCUAGCCUGCGCGAUCUUCAUCUUGGUGAUAAUCUUCUUAAGGAAAUUAAUUUUGAAGUACGUUGUCUUAAGAAUCUACGCUUUCUCGAUUUGGAGAGAAAUAAAUUUGAAUUCGUAAAGACGCAUGAUAUGAUGUUUCUAAAUGAAUUAGAGAAUAGAGUAGAUCGAACAACAAAUUUAAUAAUUGAUUUCAAUUUGAAUCCUUUUGUGUGCGACUGCAAACUAAGUUCAUUUCAUACUUGGGUGCUAUCAACGAAUAUAACUGUGCGCAAAAAAGAAUCGCUUGAGUGCUAUAACAAGAACUACUCUAAUCCGAUACGGAUUAUGGAAAUGGAUAUGAGGGAUUGUGCUGCAGCAAUCGCUGCAGCAACUAUGAUGUUUAAUACCGCCGCUGAAGCGCGUUAUGGCAAAGCCAAAGAAGAGUUGCCACAUUUCAAUAGUCAUACGGUAACUCUAAUAUUCUUGCUCAUUGUGUUAAGCAUGAUAUUGUUGGGUUUAGUUAUAGCCUUGGUGUACAUAAGUCGAGAUAAAAUUAAAUACAUGAUUACACCGGUUUUUGACAAUGUUGCCAAAAAGGUACAAUACACAUCCAUCAAAGACGAAGACUGUCCUGAAGUGCAUGUUUAAAAUGCCUUUCGCUUAUAAUACAUAUAAAAUGAGGAUGCUAAUAUGAAAGGACCAGCCAUACGUAAAAGGAAAAAUUGAUUGUAAUAAAGUUUUAUUUGUAAAAUAUAAAUUCCAAUUAGUUUCGCUGCGAAGAAAAUGUUGUAUAAAUUGCAAAAUUACUAGUGAAACGAUAUUUUCAAUCACUUAAAAGAAAUUGUGCCAUUCAGCGAAAGUGUAAACUUUUAGAAAAAAAAAUAUGUUUCUCUUCUGAUUUUAAAGAACAAGAUUUUAUUUUAAAUAUAUAACAUAUCAGUUAUACACAAUAUUAGUUAUACUUUAAGUACAUGAAAUAUACGAGAAUUUAUAUAAAUAUGUAUGUAUAAAGG